UUAGAAGUCAUUUGUGUCAAUUUCCUGGAAUUUAUAAUUUGUAAAUAACAUGCUUACGAUUUUGAUAUAUACUACGUAAUUCCAUAAAACUAGAAUUAUAUCAAUACAACAUUAUAAAUAUUUGUUAAAUAUACACCCAGUGAUUCUUAUAAGUGAUAUUUUAUUACGUGUGUAAAGUGCACGAUUAAUUACAACAAGUUAACGCGGAAGAAAUUUGGGCAAUUAAUAUUAGUAACGGUUUUCCGUUACUUUCCCAGUGAAAAACUUAUUAUGCCUCAUGAUUUGAAAGGCCUGGCGGCAAGGAAGGCUCUCAUGGCUCCCUUAUCACCAACUCCAUGUGCCGAAAUCAGUGAUGAUGAGCUGGUCUCCAUAUCAGUGCGGGAUCUUAAUAGGCAGCUGAAGAUGAGGGGUUUGACAAGGGAUCAGAUUGUACGAAUGAAGCAAAGACGGCGUACGUUAAAGAACCGUGGGUACGCAGCGUCGUGUCGCAUCAAACGAAUAGAGCAGAAGGAUGAGUUGGAAACUGAGAAGAGCCAGGAAUGGCACGACAUGGAAGCGAUGCAGGAAGAGAACAACAGAAUUCGAGAUGAGAUUGAAGCCCUGAGGUCGAAAUAUGAUGCGUUGAAACGAUUCGCAACGAUGAAAAGCAUUCCAUUGCCAGCCGACCUUGAUAUUAUACCAUAGAGAAUAUAUAUAACUAGAGGAAUUAAAUAUAUAUAUUUACAUCUGUGUAUGUCGCUGCAAGAUUGUGAACACCAUUAUAUUGUAAUCUAACUCGCGGGAUUGCACACUGUCGAAAAAUCAUUGGAUUAUAAUGUAUAGAAAAAUAAUGCGACAAUUUGUAAAGGAUUUUUCGUUUGAUUGCAAUUACGGAUCACAAUAUUUCGACAGAUUACAAUAACAGAUCACAAUUUUUCGACGGAUUACAAUAACAGAUCACAAUACUUCGACAGAUUACAAUAACAGAUCACAAUACUUCGACAGAUUACAAUUACGGAUAACAUUUUUUCGACAAAUUACAAUUACGGAUUCUAAUUUUUCGACAGAUUACAAUUACGGAUAACAAUUUUUCGAUAGAUUUCAAUUACGGAUAAUUUUUUUUCGAUAUAUUACAAUUACGUGUUAUUUUUUUUUUAUAUUUUUUUUUAUUUCACUUCAACAAGAAUUGUGCAUGUAAGGAAACUUAAAAAAUAUAUUAAUAACACGAUAAAAAAGACUACAAUUUGUUGAGCGGCCUUAUAACUUAGAAGUGAUCUCUUCCAGGCAACCCGGGCAAAAGGUAGCAAGCGUAAUUAGAUUAUUGGCGGGUCGAGGGGUUUUUAUCCGUUCUUUAUCAGAUUACAAUCUCACGAAAAAAUCUAUUCCGCGUGAUUAUAAUCUAACAGUGCUUACAAUUUUACGGUGAUAUAUAUAUAAAUAUUAAUAUAGAAUAUGCUUGGUGCAAUGACAAGUCAACUUUAUUAAACAACAAACUUUAACCUAUCUCUGUGUCAAAUUUCAUACAGAUUGUAUUAGCCGUUUUUGCGUGAGUGUGUCAAACAUACAUACAAAUUUGUGUUUGUAUUAUUUGUAGGUUAUAAGCAUUCCAAUAUUUAUAAUUAUAUAAUUGUCUCAAGUGUGACCAAAUGCAAAAUAUUACGUAUAUUUUUACCGACUCCAAAAGAGAAGGGUGUCAUCAAUUCGGUUGCAUUUUUUUGUGUUUGUUACCUUAUAACUUUUUACUGGCUCAACCGAAUUUUAUGAUUCUUUUUUUUUAUUUGAAAGCUGAUGCCUCCCAAGUUGUACGAUUUAAAUUUGUCAUAGCUCUGACAAUUUGAAAGCGGUUAAGUUUUAUGUUAAAAAUAAUUAUGCAUUGUAUCAUAUUGAAUUUUAUUGCACCAAACAUUUUAUGUAGUAUCUUAAGAUAUAGAUUAAAUAUAUGAUAAAUGGUAGUGAAAUCUUUUUUGUAACUUUCCAGACAGUUUUUAUUAUUAUUAAAUUAUUGAUAAAU